CAACAGCAUCUAAUCUAAAGUUCAAGAUAUCGUCCACGAGUUUGACUCGGAGUGGUGGACGCUGUCAUUCAGCUUCAGCGCCGGUGGCCAGUCAGUUUGUCUCACAGAAGACAGUUUUAAAUCAAAGCCAUGGGAGAGUGGGGAUUCCUGUCCAGUCUGCUUAAUAAGGUGCAGACCCACUCCACUGUGGUGGGAAAAGUCUGGCUCAGCGUGCUUUUCAUCUUCAGGAUCAUGGUUCUUGGAGCGGGAGCCGAGAAGGUUUGGGGUGAUGAACAGUCCAAAAUGGUUUGCAACACCAAGCAACCUGGUUGUAAGAACGUCUGCUACGACCAAGCCUUCCCCAUCUCGCACAUUCGGUUCUGGGUUCUCCAGAUCAUCUUCGUCUCCACGCCAACCCUAAUCUACCUCGGCCACGUCAUCCAUGUCAUCCACAAAGAGAAAAAGCUGAGAGAAUACAUGGAAGCCCACCCCAGCCGGGGGAUUGUGAAGGGACCAAAGUACUCUGACGAAAAGGGGAAAGUCCAGCUCAAGGGCAACCUGCUGGGAAACUACAUGACCUCCAUCUUCUUCAGAAUCCUGCUGGAGAUAGGCUUCAUAGUGGGGCAGUACUACCUGUACGGGUUCGUCAUGGAGCCGCAGAUCGUCUGCAACCGGGCGCCGUGUCCCUUCACCGUCGAGUGCUUCAUGUCCCGGCCCACGGAGAAAACCAUCUUCAUCAUCUUCAUGCUGGUCAUGUCCUGCGUCUCGGUGGCGCUCAACGUGGUGGAGAUCUUCUACCUGGCGUGCACCAGGUCGUCCAGGCGGAAGGCCAAAUCGGUGCCGACGACGGCCAUCGCCGUCCACCCGCGUUUCACCACCGACAGCAUGAUGAAGAACGAGAAGCUUGGCCGUCAUGACUCCAGCACGGCUUGAGGGACGACGUUCGGUGGAUCCACCGAGUCUGUUGGCGGCAGGGCGGGGAAGCGGUGACUACACUGCAAAAACACAAAAUAUUACCAAGAAUUUCUGGGGUUUUUUAGUGCAAAUAUCUUAGAACACUUGAAAUAAGAAAAACUAACAAGUAGGUUUUCAACAAGAUAUUAGAGCUUGUUUUAUGUUGCUUUAUGACUUUUGAUUUUCGUGUUUUUAUAAUGCAAAGCACUUUGAAAUGCUUUGUUGCUGAAAUGUGCAAUACAAAUAAACUUGAUUGGCUGAUUAUUUCAAGUAAAUAGUUCCUUUAUAAAAGAUGUAACCUUUAUAAAAAAUAUUAUUUUUACAUAUUUGUUGAAACUGUCAAAUCAAGCUCAUCUUUCUUCUCCCAGUUCUAACUAGAAACAACCAAUCAGAGCCAGGAGGCGGGCCUUAGUGCUGUCAAUCACCUUCCUUGCUCUGUGC